AUGGUUGUCCAGAAUCCCACCGCAAUCAGCGCCGGAAUUCGCAAACCUGCCCAAAAACAGGAUAAAGCUCAGAAGAAACCUCAAAAAAAGAUUUGGGUUGUUAAACUGCAACGUAUUCCGUUUGGAUUCUUCGAAAGAGAGCUGCUCGGUUAUUUCCGUCAGUUUGGAAACGUUCUGAGAAUCCGUGUCGCCAGAAGCCGAAAGACUGGAAAUCAUAAAGGUUGGGCUUAUGUCGGAUUUGAUAACAAAGCUGUUGCUGAAAUCGCCGCUGAAUCAAUGAAUGGAUAUUUGAUGUUUGAACAACGCCUCCGUUGCAAAGUCAUGAAGCCAGCUCUCAUUCCGAAAUCAAUGCUGAAAGGAUCCCUUCUUGUUAUGCGUCCAUCAUAUUUGGGUCUCGCAAAGAAGGAUGCGAUUGCUAGAAACAGGUGCACUACCAAGAAUGAUUCGGAGAAUACUAAGAGACGUGUGAGCAACCUCAAAAAGACGAUUGUCAAAUUGCAAAAUAUGGGUAUCGAUUAUGACUUCUCUGCGGCUGGAGUUAAGAAAACACUACCGAAGAAUUCCGAGGACAAUGACAUUCAGGUCAUCGGAUCAGCAAAGACUAACUUUCCAAAGAAAACUACAUCAAAAGUCAUCGAGCCAUCCACUCCUAAAGUUAAUACCCCGAAGGCAGUGGCACCGAAAAUCACUCCAAAAGUCGCAACUCCAAAAUCGGAGACGCCAAAACGAAAAGCCGUCGAAGCUGUCACUCCAGUUGCAGCAGCGAAGAAAGUGGUGAUCAAAACUCCUCAAACGGAUAAAAUCAAAAAAGUGGCGGAGAAACCUGUCUUCUCUCCAAAAACCCGUGCUGCAAAGGCUGCAGCUCUCGGUACUCCAGUUGCCAAAUCUACUCUCUCCAAGACAAUUAUGAAAUCCGUUGCGGCAAGCGCUCGUCCAGCCGCUGUUGAGAAGAAGACCAUCACUAAAGGUCGCGGAAAGAAGAAGAGUUUGUGA